UGAUCACCUCACAAUUAUUGUAUCUGUCAGCUGGGGACAGCACCCGCAGCAUGUGAGCCUUCUGGGAAAGUCUGAACCACCAAACUAUAAGAGAUGGGUUCUCAUCUGGCUCUGCCCACUUCCAGUCCAGUCUUUUGUCAACCCCAGCCACUCUAAGGUGAUCUCAUGAAGACCCAGCAACUUUUGUACAAACUCUCAGGGCUCUCACCUGGCUUCCCUGCUAUUCACUUCGAGUCACUUGUCUAAGAAACUGGGGGGAGGGGGAGUCUUUUGGCCCAGAGAAGAGAAGGAAGAAAGCCUAAAUCUAGGCUUAAGGAUUUGAGCAGCCUCCUGAGAAUUCAAGCUUCUGCACAACCCUGAUUGGGUCACCUGAAACAACCCACUUGCCAACUCUUUGGCAUCUCCUGGCCCCACUGGCCCCACUGGCCACCUCCCCAGACCUCUCAACCCAUCUGGUUGACUGGCUUCUGCUCUGUUUCUAUUCUCUCUCCUUAUCGAGCCUAAUUCCCUCUGCGAUGGACUCAAAAGGCCACAAGAAGCUCGGCCGACAUAAGAAAAACAAAAUCAAGAACCAGGAGAGAUUGAUCAAGAAGUUUCCUUACAGGUUACCUCAUUUGACGGAGCCUAGCCCAGAAUCCACACAAUCUUGGAAGGCCAAGAGCAAAUCACUGAAGGACAAGCUGCCCUUACAGAAGAAUCUGGUGCCAACCAGGUCCAUCCCCAUGCCAGGGCUCGGCGCUCCGGAAGUCACAUGGCCACUCAGCUUCUACUCACCGAUCCCAAACCCCCCACUGUGUCACCUCUGGGAACUUAAAUUACUGCAGCUCCGUUUCCCCACACAAGACUCUCCCAAGCUGCCUCCUCUGCAGGCAGCUGCAAACCAAUCCCCUACCAAAACGACUUGAGAGUCAUCUGAGAGCGUCCCCUAGAACUUCACCUGCUUCUCAAGGCUCCUCUCUUAGCCCCAUUCUUUCUGCUCCAUACAGCUGCCUCAGAGACAUUUGUAAAGGGAGCAGCCUUGGAGACCACCAGAAACCAGAAGUGGUCCAUCCCACCACAGGUAAAGACCAUACAGCACCAAUAAACUUUGCAUGUUCAAGUUCCA